AUGAGCGGUUCGCUAGCGGCGCGCCUCAACGCGUCAGCGGAGGCCACAGCCACCACCGGGAACAGCGCCUCGUCGUCGGCGGAGGUGCGGCGGGUAGAGUCGUCCGCCGACGAGGCGGAGGUGUCCGGCUGCGUGAAGGCGCCGCCGCCGUACUACGACGUGUUCAUCAACCACCGCUGGGUGGACACCAGGCACACGGUGGCGCGCCUGCUGCACGACCGGCUGCUGCAGCUCAGCGGCGGCCGGGUCCGCACGUUCCUGGACAGCAUGUCCUUGCGUCCGGGGGACAGGCUGGUGGAGGGCAUCAACCAUGGCAUGAGCCAGUGCAAGGUGGCUGUGGCCAUCUUCUCCGAGCAAUACCUCGACUCCGAGUUCUGCCUCCAUGAGCUCGCCGCGCUGGUGGAGGCGCGAAAGGUGAUCGUUCCCAUCUUCUACGGCGUCAAGCCCUCCGCGCUGGUCCUGCCACAGGCCGUCGUCGACACCCACGCGCCCCGUGACGUCGAGCGCUUCAGGGUCGCGCUGCGCGAGGCCAAGUACACCGUUGGCCUCGCCUACGACCCAGCCACAGGUGAUUUGGCCGAGCUGGUGUCAGCGGCAGCGAACGCGGUGAUGCAGAGGAUUGAACAAAUUGAGAGCAUGCGAUGA